AUGGGUUUGUCCUCUUUCUGGUUAAUGGAUAAUGCAAACUGUCCAAGCUUGGGCAAUCAGCCAACAAGUAAUAUCAAAGACUUACAAGGUAAAGAGCAGUGUGAUCAUUCUCAUUGUGAACCUACUGAUGAUUUGCAUGUAGUGAAUGAAAAUAAUGAAGAGGCAACUGAAGAGGUCAUUCUUGGAAAAGAGUUUAUGGAUGUUGAGAGUGCAUCUAAGUUUUAUAACAAUUAUGGUGGCAAACAUGGAUUCAAUGUGAGGAUAAGAAACAGUAGGAAAAACAUUGAGAAUUUUGUGACAUGGGUACGUUAUUGUUGUUCAAAAGAAGGUUUCAGGAUAAAGGACAAGCGUCGUACAAAUGCAUCUUAUUCUCAACCAGUUACAAGAUGUGGUUGUCAAGCUCAUCUAACCAUCCAACUGCAGAAGAAUGGAAAUUUCAAGGUUGUCUCAUUUCAGAAAAAUCAUAAUCAUCCUUUGAUUAGUACUCCACUGAAGCAUUUGCUUAAGGUCAAUAGAAAUAUAUCUGAGGCACAAAAAGCACAUGCAGAUGAUGCUGAAUGCUCUGGUUUCUCCAUAAAAGCAACUGUGGAGCUGAUGAGUAGAGAAGUAGGAGGGCCAGAGAAUCUUGGAUUUUCACACAAGGAUUACAUGAAUUACAUACAUAGAAAGCGAAUGUCUAAAAUGGAAAAGGGAGAUGCAGGUGCUAUAUUACAGUACUUUCAGAAGAUGCAAUCUGAGAAUUCGUCAUAUUUUUAUUCAAUCCAACUUGAUGAGGAUGAUAUGAUCACCAAUAUAUUUUGGGCUGAUGCUCGAUCGGUAAGUGAUUAUAGUCUUUUUGGAGAUGUGCUUUGUUUUGAUACGACGUACAGAACAAAUGAAUAUGGUCGACCAUUUGCACCAUUUGUUGGGGUUAAUCAUCAUAAGCAAACAACACUAUUUGGUGCAGCUUUGUUAUAUGAUGAAACAACAGAGUCUUUUAGGUGGUUAUUUGAGACAUUCCUUUCUGCUAUGUCUAGUAAGCAACCAAUAACCAUUCUUACUGAUCAGUCUGCUGCCAUGGCUAAAGCAAUAAAAGAUGUUUUUCCACAAGCUACUCAUCGCUUAUGUGUUUGGCAUCUUUAUCAAAAUGCUGCUAAGAAUCUAAGUCAUGUCUUUCAUGGAUCUUCAGAAUUUGUUGAUGAUUUUAGCAAUUGUAUGUAUGACUAUGAGUUUGAGAAUGAGUGGCUAUUAGCAUGGAAUGAUAUGCUUGAGAAAUAUAGCCUCCAGGAAAACAAGUGGCUGAAUAAUUUAUUUGAAUUGCGAGAAAAAUGGGCGUUGGUGUAUGGGAGACAUACUUUCACCGCAGAUAUGAAAAGCACACAACGUAGUGAAUGCAUGAAUAAUGUGCUUAAGAAAUAUUUGAGGCCAGAGCAUAAUCUUUUGCGAUAUGAAGAUUCAGCACAAAAUGUGCAUUGUAGUUGUAAAAAGUUUACUUUUGUUGGGAUUCUGUGUGUUCAUGCACUAAAAGUGCUUGACAAGAAGAAUGUGAAGAAGAUUCCACCGCAAUACAUUUUAAAGUGA